AUGAGUCCAUCACCAUAUCUCGAGCGAUAUCGCCAACUAAGCGCUCUAGAUCAGCAAAAGAACCAACUGAUUGAAGAUCUUUUGGAAAGAGUGAACGAACUGGAAACUUCUUUUGCGCAAGAGAAGCUCGAUCAUGAACGCGAGACACGAUUCAACCGAGAUAUCCAGGUCCAUGAGAUGGAGUUGAUGCAACAGAUAGCACAGAUCAAAACUAUUAUGGACCGUGAACCUUUCGUUGUUGUGCUGCUCGACGGCGAGGGCUUGAUUUUCAAGGAUGAAUUCCUGCAGGCCGGUGAAAAUGGUGGUCGCGAUGCUGCAGAUCAGCUCUAUGGCGCAAUUUACACAUAUCUCAAGUCAAAUCUUCCCAACGUCAACACACCGAAGAUAAUGAUGAAGGUCUACCUGAACGCGAAAGGCUUUGGAGAGCAGUGUGCGCGCAAUGGGCUCUUCUCAGACCCUGCUGCCAUUCACGACUUCAUUCGGGGGUUUAAUGAUACCAUGUUAUGCUCUGAGAUUGUUGACGUUGGGUCUGGGAAGAAUAGUGCGUACAAUAAGAUUCAAGAGCUUUUUCAGGUCUUUCUCUACAACUGCCAUUGCCAUCAGAUCUUCGUCGGAUGUCCCUCAAAUACCAACUAUGCUCUCUUCUUCGAAGAUGUCUCAAGAGACCAUGACCUCACCGGUCGUGUGUCACUCGUGGAGGGCGUCGCAUUUGAAAAGGAGCUGGAAGAAGUGAAAGGACUGUAUCGAAUCGCUACAUUCCCAACUAUUUUUCGAUCUGCCAAGAUGGCACCCGCGAGUGCUGCCACUCCUUGGAAGACCACUUUGCCCGCUCGGUCCGUACUUACGCCGUCGCCAUCGCGACAAUUUUCGAACUUGGUCAACCCCCCGACUCUUUCCCGAACGUCUACCAAUACCAGCACGUCAGGCGUUGCACUGUCAGCCUCAACUCCAACCCAGCAUGACAGUACGUCUGAUUUUCAAAAGGUGGUGCGACUGAAACCAAGUACUUUGGCCAUCCCACCGAAGACGGUAGAGCGCAAUAAAUACGGACAGCGUGUGGAUAGAUUCGACUUCAAGAGCAUCCCUCGCGAGGAUCUUAAUCGGCUGAAGAAGCUCAAGCUGUGCAAUUAUCAUUUCCUGCUCGGUGAAUGCCCAAACGAGGAUUAUUGUUAUCACGACCAUGAUCGCAAAUUGACAAAGCAGGAACUGCACAUUCUCACUGCCAUUGCUCGGAUGACUCCGUGCCGAUUUGGACUCGAGUGUGAUGAUCCAGAGUGCAUUUAUGGCCAUCGGUGCCCUCAAAGUGAGCCUGGAAAGAAGACGUGCUUCCGCGGGGACAAUUGUCGGUUCGAGCCAAUAGCUCACGGCAUUGAUACCAAUAUUGUCAAAGUGACAAAAAUCUGA